UAUGUUUUAAUGCUGAGACAGAGAGCCAGUCUGCUCUCUGUAAGUGUUUCUGCCGUUCACACAUCCACCAGCAUGAGUUUACAGCUGCACUGCUUAUACACUCACAGCUUGGUCUUGGUCGUGACCUUGCUACUGUUAACAGCUACAUCUGGUGACAGUGAUGCAGUGGAGAACAUCACGGCUGUUUUGGGUCACAGCGUUACAUUCAAAUGUCCUUCGAAACGCAGCACUCCUGUAGAAGGCUUGUACAUACAGAGAGUUAAAAAUUAUAAAGUAGAGUUCGUCGACGGGUUUUAUAGAAGCCGUCUGAUGGAUGUGUUGCCUGAGUACCGGGACAGAACCAAAGUGAAUGAAAUGGAGCUCAGUGUGGAGAUGAGAAACAUCUCUGUCUCUGAUGAAGGAUUGUAUCAAUGUGUUGUUCUCAUCAACAACAAACCUGAAAUCUCAGAGAUUCUCCUCAAAGUCACAGCCGAGUACAUUAUUCCCACAAUCAUGAUGACAGACUGCAGUGAACUUCAACUUGAACUUGAACUUGAACGCGACGGUGCCAGCACAGGAAUGAGCUGUCAGUUGAACUGCUCGGCAGCGGGCGGAUACCCACAAAGCUUCGUCAGAUGGGCCGGGCUUAAUCCAAGCCUGACGAGCAUAGUCUACAACGGUAAUUCAGUAGAUAACGAGUCCAAAACUUGGACCAUCAACCAAACCAUUGUGUACAACUGUUACCAGCCCACUAAUAUCAGCUGUGCCAUAGGGGGCGCUGUUUCAGACAAAAUCACCAUAUGUAACUCCAUAACUGACUCAAAUGUUGUUGCUGAAUCUCAGUUUUGCAUACAAUGACGAUUUAUACAGGCCACAUCUCCAAAAAGCAUAAAAAAGUAGUCUGUAUUCCAGUGAUUUCCAACUGAUUUUGGGCAAGCGCACCUAGCUGUCAUCCAGGUCCCUUACUGCCCCUCAUUUCCUCUAAUUGUUUAUCUAAGUUGAUUAUUAUUUUGUUUUUAUAAUGAGGACUAUUAGCAUAUAUUUCUUCAUGAUUUUGUGAGAAUAUGGUUUGCUUUCAAAUACUUCAACGAAUGUACUUCAAACAUAUGUCUCUCAUUGCCAGAAUAGACCAAUUUUAGUAUACUGUCCUGACUUAUCUUUGUUAUAGUCCAUUAAAUAUCAAAUCUUGCUUUUUUUGCAUGCCAGUGUAUGCCUUAUGAUGUUAUGUUCCCUGUCUUGCAUUGUACACACGCAAUGAAAAUGUAAAACGUGCCAAUUAGAAAUCAUUUAAAAUAAUUCACGUUGAAAAAUGGAAACACCUCAACAAAUGUGUUUGAGCAGUAUACAAUUCAGAUAUAUAACAGCUAUAAUA